AUGGGUGAACAAUCAAUUAAAUGUGUUGUUAUUGGAGAUGGUAUGAUUGGUAAAACCUGUCUUGUACUUCGGUACAUGCUGGGAGAUAAAGCGGAAUUUGGAGAUUAUAUUCCAACAGUGGCAGAUAAAUAUGCAGCUACAGUAAAGGUGGGAAACACUUCAGUGGUCUUUAAUCUCUGGGAUACAGCAGGUCAGGAAGAAUUCAAUAAUCUUAGAAAGGUGUGCUAUCCCAAUACCGAUGUCUUUCUUGUCUGUUUUGCUGUGGACAAUAAAGACGCUUUCAAAAAUGUGAAAGAGGUGUGGAUUCCGGAAAUCACUCAGUAUUGUCCAGAGGCCGUAGCAAUUCUAGUUGGAACGAAAGUAGAUACCCGAGUAAUGACAGCCAACCCCAAUUCAAUAUCUACAGACCAUACAGUUUCUUACGCCAUGGGUAAAGAAAUGGCAAAGAAGUUAAAACUCAAGCAUUACCUGGAGUGUUCAGCACAAACGGGCGAAGGAACCAAGCAAGUUUUCGACACAGCAAUAAGUGUCGUAUUGAAUCCAAAAAGAGCCAAGAAAAGCCACAACUGUCGCUCCAUGUAA